AUGACCCACUCGCCUUACACCACGACAGAUGUUUCCAGCAGCCCAGUCAUGACGCAGAGCAACCAGACCUGCUCCAGUCACAAUAUAACGUUCAAAAACACCCUGUACGCAACCACGUACACCCUCAUAUUCAUCCCCGGCCUCCUGGCCAACAGCGCUGCCCUGUGGGUCUUGUGCCGCUUCAUCAGCAAGAAGAGCAAAGCCGUCAUCUUCAUGAUCAACCUGGCCAUGGCCGACCUGGCUCACGUCCUCUCGCUCCCACUGCGAAUAUAUUAUUAUAUCAACUCCACGUGGCCUUUUGGGAGAUUCCUUUGCUUACUGUGUUUCUACCUGAAGUACCUCAACAUGUACGCCAGCAUUUGUUUCCUCACCUGCAUCAGCAUUCAGAGGUAUUUCUUCCUGUAUCAGCCGUUCAAAGCCAAGGACUGGAAGCGGCGGUACGACGUAGCCAUCAGCGCUGCGGUGUGGUUCGUCGUUGGGGUGGCGUGUCUGCCAUUCCCCAUGAUGCGCAGCUACAACCUGGACAAUAGCACCAGUACCUGCUUUGCAGACCUUCAAGUCCGGCAGAUCAGCAGCAUUGUGGCCACGGUGCUGAUGACAGGCACGGCGGAGCUCUUCGGAUUCAUCGUCCCGCUCAUCACUAUUUUAUUCUGUACUUGGAAAACAAAAGAUUCUCUUCGGGACUUCCACAUACCGCUGCAAAACAGCAGUGAGAGGCGGAAAGCUUUAAGGAUGGUUUCCAUGUGUGCCAUUGUGUUCUGCGUGUGUUUUGCACCAUACCACAUCAACUUCUUUUUCUACAUGUUGGUGAAAGAAAAUGUCAUUACAGACUGCUUCCUGAGUUCCAUCGCGCUCUACGCCCAACCCUUUUGCUUAAGUCUUGCGAGUCUGGACUGCUGUUUGGAUCCGAUCCUGUAUUUCUUUAUGACUUCAGAGUUUCAGGACCAGAUAUCAAGGCACAGCAGCAUGGUCAUCAGGAGUCGCCUCAUGAGCAAAGAGAGUGCCUCAUCAAUUAAGGAAUGA